CAUUUUAACGGGGUUUCUCAACUAUUGACCGUCAUUUCUGUUUAUUUUGUCCCUGACAGAGCUUUGGGUGUGUGACAAACACGUUAUUGACUGUCAAAUUUUGCUCCAGUCGUUUUGCUUGACCGAUUUUUGCGGAAAAUCCCCUAAUUCAUUCUUCAAAGGUAAACGGUGCGAUUUGACAUCUUUUUGCUCACUCGCAUACGCACGGCUAUAAGAAAUUUUAUGCUUUCUUACAGAUAGAUUUUUGAAGGAAUUCACUGAAAUUUACCAAAAAUGGAAAGAGAUUACGAAUAUAUUUUUGAGCAACGUGAACAAGUGACGUUUGAUAUUGUGGAUUACGUAGUUUUUGGUUUAACUCUGUUGGUUUCGGCGUCUAUUGGAUUAUACUAUGCCAUCAAAGACAGGAAAAAGACGGAUGAAAAAGAGUUUCUUUUGGCUGGACGAUCGAUGCAGACCUUUCCUGUGGCAUUAUCUCUCUUGUCUAGUUUCAUAUCCGCCAUCACCCUAUUGGGUACCCCGGCCGAGGUGUACACCAAUAAUACUAUGUACUGGUGGAUUUCCAUCGGGUUCAUCAUCUCAGCCGCAGGAACCGCCCACAUCUUUGUACCCGUCUUCUAUCAGCUGGAAAUAACCAGUGUAUUUCAGUAUAUAGAACUGCGCUUUGGCCACAUUUGUCGCGUGGUUGGUUCCAUCAUCUACCUCCUUUGGAUGUUGCUUUAUAUGUCAGUUGUGCUGUAUGGUCCAUCCUUAGCCCUGAAUGCAGUGACAGGAUUGUCAUUAUGGGGUUCCAUAAUUGCGGUCGGACUCGUCUGUAUUUUCUACACGACCCUAGGAGGGAUGAAGGCCGUGGUGUGGACAGAUUCAUUCCAAAUGUUGGUUAUGUUUGCUGGGAUGUUGGCCUUGUUGAUUUCCGGAAGUAUGAAGCUUGGCGGACUGGAUGUGGCGUGGGAUAUUGCCGAAAGAAACCAACGGAUCCUCUUCUUUGAAUUUGAUCCGGACCCUUCAGUACGACACACCACGUGGAAUGUAAUCGUAGGUGGUGGAUUCUUUUGGAUGGCGAUUUACGGAAUCAACCAAGCUCAGGUUCAGCGCGCCAUAUCGGUUCCAUCAGUGAAGCAUGCCAGGACAGCAAUAUGGCUGAACUUUCCCGGCAUGUUUAUCAUCCUGUCUCUUGUGUGUUCUGUUGGGGUCGUUAUGUAUGCAUUUUAUUCCACAUGUGAUCCCGUCAGUAUUGGAGUUAUCAAAAAAACUGACCAAUUGAUUCCUCUCUUUACUAUGGAUUUGUUGGGCCAUUUGCAUGGAUUGCCAGGAUUAGUCUUGUCGUGUGUCUUCAGCGGAAGCUUAAGUACUAUUUCAUCUGGACUCAAUGCCGUGGCCGCUGUCCUACUUGAGGAUUUUGUUAAGCCAUAUUUUUGUAAGAAAAUCUCGGGUCGUGCAGCUACCUUAUUUUCCAAAGCUACAGUGGUGGGUUGUGGUCUAGUUUGUCUGGCGUUAGCGUAUUUCGUCUCAGAGCUUGGUGCUAUUCUACAGUUGGCCUACGUCCUGUUCGGUAUACUUGGUGGCCCACUUCUGGGUUUGUUUACCUUCGGAAUGUUGUGCCCUUGGGGAAACGCAUGGGGAGGAACCGUAGGUAUUUUGACAUCUCUGGCAUUUGUGGCGUGGAUUGGUCUCGGAACUUCUCUGAAUAAUGUGGUGGUUACCCCUAAGUCUCCUCUGACAACCGCAGGAUGCAACAUGACAGCCAUCAAUGCGUUAAGGGGAGUGGCCACCACUCUCGCCCCAACCACUUCCGCUGUGCUUGCCAGCACCAACCCGGCAGUGGUAAAACCACCAGAGGACUACUUUCUGCUUUACCGGAUGUCAUAUAUAUGGUACACAGGACUAGCGGUGAUAACUGUACUUUUUGUUGGCAGCAUUGUCAGUCUUAUAACAGGCGGUCACAAAAGAAUGUCACAAAUAGAUCCUAGAGUUAUCUGUCCCUUUUUUGAUGUAUUUAUGCCAUUUUUACCCGAGUCUUUCCGUCGUAAAAUGAGAUGUGGAGUUAGGCAUGGUGAUGAGGAAUUUAUUGCACAGUUCUGUAAAACCCAGGAUGAGAAGCUACAACACGAAGGAAAUCAUAACAUGUCCAUAGAAAUUUCACAAAUAGAUCUGUCAGAAAAGAAAGAGGUUACAAAUGGUUACGCGCCACAUAAUGAUACCGACCUCUCAACCAAAUUGUAAUCAUUUAUCAUAUAAUAAUGCGACAUUUAAGAUUUUACAAUGUUGGAAAUCCAUGAAGAUCAUCCUUAUUAAGACCCUAACUACUUUUAUUUGCAUGCUGUAAAUAUAGUAGUGUAUAUAUGCAUCUAUAUGUAGAAAGUUUAUAGAAUGUUUGCUUGUCCACACUUUUAAGUACAUGUAACAAUAUGCUUGGGACAAGCAGUAGAUUUUGAGACCAUAUUUUAAAUUGUUUAUUUGAAGUAAAAUGCAUGGAUUUUUAAAAUUUUAUAUCAUAUAUAAAUUUCAACCAAGAAGUUUAAGCUUCCAGUUUUAAAAAAAUACAUGUAACUGGUAAAACUCUAAGCAGAGACAUAUAAAACCUUGGUUUUAUAUGUCUCUGCUGUAAGGGAUAGGGCAUCGUCAUUGAAACAGUGGAAUACAUGUAUACUGCUACACUCAUCGACAUCUUGUACAUUCAUCCCCCUUGCAAUACAAAUGACGGUUUUUGUAUGUAUAUGUGCGUGUUUUGUGUUUGAGAGGGUGUGUGUGUGUGUGUUUGUUAUCCAUAAGACUAGUACCAUUUGUUAAUUGUGUACAUGUACAUUGUUGCAUAACUUUUGGUCUUAUUUCGAGAGCUUAUUGAAUAUUUGACAGGCAAGGAUUAUCAUUUGUGAAAACGGGCAGCCAACUUACCUGAAAAAAAUUACAGUCUAUUUUUAGAAAAGAAUUUGGUCCAAACCAAAAAAUUCUAUUUCGGGGGGGGGGGGGGGAAAACGCGCCUGUUUGAACAAUCAAUAUGUUCAAGGCUUGGUCGAAUGCUGAAUUUAUUUUCCAUUUGCCAAGAAAUUCAUAUUUUGUUUUUUGUUUUCUCUCUUUUCCAACCUUCUUGCUCCAAGGGUACAGACUGGUACGCAGGGUUCAUAUAAUAUUAUUUUGUAAUUAUGAAACAUUAAACUUCCCUGAAUAUUUGGUAUUGUUUCAGUGCGUAUGGAAGUAUACUUACCUGUACAUUAUGUUUUAACCUUGUAUAAUUUUACAGCAAGAUUUAGAUUUUUUUUAAUGUUGGCAUUAUAUUAAUCAUUUAGCUCAGCCCAAAUUUUUAUUUUUUUAUCAUAGAUAUUGAGUUUCCUUCAAAUCGAUUUUUAUUGCCACAAUUUUUUUUUUAUACU